AUGCCGCCAGCCUUCACAUUUGUCAACGUCAGCAAUGCACCUGGACUUGGGCCCAAAGAGCGGAGGGAAAUGAGGGGCCAUGUCACACAGAACAAUUUCGCCAAACGUAGACAGAGAUUGGCCAAGACUCGUAACAGUGAUAAGUCAGAAGCCAUCAAGAGCGACGCAGCUGUAUCGAAAUGGAACAAUCAGAUAACUCAGCCAGGACAUACGUCAAAUGAUUUGAUCGUUGUUCUUGAUCCAGGCUGUGAUAGACUACUGACCAAUAUGAUGGGCUCAACAUAUUCUCCCAUUGCCUAUCUACUCUGCAUGUUUCGUCCUUUUAUCUUUCCGGCGGGCACUACUAGCCCUGGCUCGUCUCGAGAGGCAGAAUGGGUUGACCUUCUCCAGUCAGAGCCGGCACUAGUUGAAGCAUCAAUAUCUAUUGCAUUAAGGCACUGUGUCGGACGAAAGGAUAACACGACUUUCCGCCAAGCAGUUAUCCAUAAAGGCCGUGCUAUACAACGGGUCAACCAGAAGCUGGGUUCACCAUCAGGUUUGACGGACGGGGUGCUGAGCGCAGUUUUCACCUUGACAUAUGCUGAACUUCUCGAAAGUGACUCCAAGGCAAGGAACGCCCACAUAGAGGGGCUGGCUCAGAUGAUUCGUGUAAGACGAUCGACCGGUAACACAGCCAUACCCUCAUGGUUUUGUGACUUUCUCCUCUAUGAUUCGCUUGGACAAGCUCUACUCAGUUCCAAUUAUUCCAACCAGCCGAUUAUUCAUGCUCUACAAAAUCAAGAUGACCCCAACGCGACAGAUAUUACAACUAUCCGGAAUAGGAUUAACGGGCUUUGUCAGCUGAUCGAUGACUACCACAUUUCCCCAACCCCAAGUUCAGAGUUCGCCCUCACAAUUGGGCUUGAGGUUGAACGACUCCAGCUUGAAAUAGAUACUCUCUUGGGUAGCCAUGAGAAUUACGUCCACUCACUACAUGACGCUCUACGAUUGUACCUCUUGCUUCUUUGGCCGAUAGAGGAGCCUGGUCGCCUGCAUGUCCUGGCUGAAGAGCUCAGAUAUGCUUUAAUACAGCCUCACAUGAGACUUUGUUCUUCAAUGGAACUGUUGAUCUGGCAGCUCUUCGUGGGUGUUGCUGCUGCAAAACCGUCAAGUGAAGUUCGGUCUUGGUAUAUCACAAGACUGAGAGAGGUAUUAAGUUCGAUGCAUAGCUUGGGGCAGAAUACGGUAAUAGACACUCUCACCCAAGCAUUUACACCUGAUGCAUGCCUGUUGCAGAAGUUCAGGGCUAUAUGGCAGGGAAUAUCUUAUACUGAGCAUUAG